UUAAAUAUUUUUGUGGCUCUGACUGGAAUUGAGAUCUGGGAUACCAGAGACCAAUUUCAAGUUGUCUCUUCGGCUAACACCAAUCUCAAUCGGUUUUCUGAAUGGAGGAAACGAUAUUUACUGCCCAGGAAACCCAAUGACAAUGCUCAGUUUCUGACAUACACUGACUUUGAUGGUGCUACAGUGGGACUGGCCUGGGUCAGCACUCUGUGCAGUGACACCCACUCCACAGGAGUUAUCCAGGAUCACUCUCAAGAAUAUAUUCCCGUGGGAGCGACUCUUGCUCAUGAAAUGGGACACAAUCUGGGAAUGGAUCAUGAUGGCAGUUCAUGUUUCUGCAAUUCGGAAUCCUGUAUCAUGGCACCUUCCUUAAGUUAUAAAACUCCACAAGAAUUUAGCUUCUGCAGUCACCAGAACUAUCAGGAAUUUAUCCUGAAAAAAAAUGCCGCUCUGUAUGAAGAACAUGCCAGACAAAACUGAGAUUGUGAGCACUGCAGAUUGUGGAAACCGAUUCACAGAAGUGGGAGAGGAAUGUGACUGUGGUACAGAGGAGGAAUGUACCAGCAACUGCUGUGAUGCCAAAACCUGCAAACUCAAAAACAACGCUCAGUGUGCAGAGGGAGAGUGCUGCUCUAAUUGUCAGCUGAAGACUGCAGGAUCUGUGUGCAGAGCCUCUAAAGAUGACUGCGACUUAACGGAGAUGUGUGAUGGGAAGUCUGCCAUGUGUCCUUCUGACCGCUUCCGGGUCAAUGGAUUUCCCUGCACAAAUGGUGGAGGACACUGCUACAACGGCAGAUGUCCCACUCUCCAAAGUCAAUGUCUAAUGCAUUGGGGUCAAGGUUAUGUUGCUGGGUCAGAUUCCUGCUUUGCAUUAAACACAAGAGGCAACCCCGGGUUUUGCCGUCAGUCUGGAGUCAAUGUCGUGUGCCCGGCCAGAGGAUGUAAAGUGCGGAGUGUUGUUCUGCUCUAGAAGCAGCUCUCGUCCAUCUAAUUCGGAUUGUAAUAUCCUGAACCCACAAGUGCUGGUGGAAGAUGGAACACGCUGUGCAAAUGAAAGUGUAUGUCAAGGUGGAAGAUGCAUUACUAUUGAUGAUGCUUACAGUUCCAGGGGCUGCUCUGCUAAGUGUCAAAAAAAUGCUGAAUGUGACCUUGAACUGAAAUGCCACUGUAUGAAAGGCUGGGCGCCCCCCAACUGUGACACCCGUGCCACUCAGAUAGGAGCUGGCUACAUUGUGCUCAUUGCCAUUGUUCUGAUAGUUGUUAUCCUAAUUGUAUUGCUUAUGCUACAUAAGAUGUUCCAGAAGAACAAGCAGAGGAGAGCUGCAGAUGGUAGUUCUGGUGUGGCCAAUCCCGCCUUCCGUAUUGAAAACCAGAGAAAACAAAAUAUAAAUGGCUAUCCCUCAACUCCUCAGGUGGGUUCUGGAAAUGCCAUGUAUGCUCCACAGCCACCAGCAAGCUCUCAAAAGCCUCAGACCUCUGCCAUGUACCCUCCACUACCCCCAGCACUAUCUCAAAAGCCUCAAAAUUCUGCCAUGUACCCUCCACAACCACCAGCAAAUUCUCAAAAGCCUCACAUCCCUUAUGCAUAUCAGAGGCCAACCAAUGUGGUUCCAACCAGGCCAGCGUACCCAUCAGUUCCCCCACAGGCAAUGAAGCCAAAUUACAGACGAUAA